CUUGAAGAAUUUUCUGAUGGCGACAGCCCAGUUGGCCGCCGGCUUCACGGAGAUUCUGGGCGCCGACGAGAAGGAGGAGGAGAAGCCCCACGAGCCGCCAGCUAUUUUCAUCACGGAUGGCCAUUACCGGACGUCGUCAGCAGCACAAUCCCUGGCGUUUGCGAGAAGGCAUGUCAGCGUCCACUCGGAGAAUCCUGCUGAGGUCGAGGAGGAUCUGGAACCCCCCAUGGAGAUCGAUGUCCUUUCGCCCCCGUCGAGUCGCUCACCGCCGUCUCAGCAGCGGCAAGACGUCCUUGGCAAUGGUGACGGCAGAAUCAAGGUAUGCAGACCAUGGAAGAGACGCCGAUCAGGACGUAUGUGUUAUGUUCCCUCUGUGCACGCAGCUGAAGCUCUUGAAGUCGCCUGUGUUGGUUGGGAGGUGGGAGACACAGACAGACAGACAAUCAGACAGGCAAACCACUUACAUCCCACUCAUUGGCCUGUGCUUCCCAUAGACUUCCGGAGAGGAGAUCUGUGCUCGUGAGGUGCACAAUGCCAGCAGGGAAAGAGAAGGAGCGUGGCAUUCCGCCCGGUCCAAGGCCCAGGGCCCUGAAGAGCAGCAAGAAGCGCAAGAACGACAGGGAAGACGUCCCUGAGCCUCCUGUCUCACCUCUUCGACGCCAGAUCGCCUUCCCUCAAUCGCCCUUCGAGCGCAUAACUGGCUGUCCGCUGCCCCGUCGCUGUCUCCCAGGAACCACAGCCGUGCCCGACAUGUAUUCGCGCGGCUUCGAAGGCCGACAAGGGAAGGGGCAGGCGCGGCAUGGGGCCGCAAGGCCUGAGAUAUACGGCAAGCCUCGGAUAUCGAGGAAAAGGGAGAUGCAGGAGGCGAUGGCCCAGACAAAGCAGCAAAGAGGGUCGCGCAGCCGGCAGGAGACACGGAAGGUCCAGAAGAUCAAGGCAGGUCUGAAGAUGAGGCCAAUGACCGCUGAGCUGGCUCAACUGGCCGUCUCCUUCAAACUCAGCAUGCCUUCUUCCCAUGACUCACAGCAAUCAGGAAUCUGGGCGCCUGAGAAGUCCGUUGCGCUGUCAGCAUCAUCGCCCGUCCUUGCCUACAAAUCUUACUUUGCUGACGCGGUCAACUGGACGACUAUCGGCUCUGUGUUCCCUCACUCAUACAGAGUAGACUGGCGGGAUACACUGGCCCCGACGUCCAAGCCACGGAGGCGGCCCCAGUCAGCGCCCCCUGUGCAGUGCCUCAUCAGGCGAACACACAACCUGACUGUCGAAUCGACGGCUGCCAAGAGAGACAUGGCAAAAGGACGGCCCUGGACGGCCACACCACUCCCUCUUCCCGGUAUACCCGAGACCCCUGCUCUGGAGGACAUGCCGACGAGGCCAGCGCGAUCGGGCAGUUUCGGAAAAUUGGCUCCGAGACUGGAUACGACUGUGGAAGAGCGGGGCGACCACAUGCCCUCGUCGCCCCAUCUCGAGCUGAGCAGAUCGUCUUUGCCGGAAGCGGAACAGCCAAGCAAGGACUUCACCACCUCGCUAGGCCGUCAGGGCAUGUUGGCCUUCAGACGCCUGCUAGCAUCCACGCCAUCGGAGAAGAAAGCAGCCCGAAGGCGCUCGUCGGCGCCAUCAUGUGUCGAUGCUUCCAGCAGCGCUGUCGCGUCUGCCUCUGCCGUGACCGAGCGGUCACAGGCCGGCUGUCAAGUAGGUGACAGGCCACAGUCUGGCAGUGACAGAGAGAGGAAACGGCCUCGGUCAGCGAAGGGUGGUGAGGUGCUGACGUCUCCUACCAACAGCCUUCCCAGCCGGCCGCCGUCUCGAAGACAAUCGGCACCGUCAGAUCCCACACGACCAGCCGCACCACCAAGACGUCCGAAGGCGAUCGUCGAGCCGACGUUGGAGACGAAGGAGAGGGGUCUUGACUUGGUGCGGGUGGCUAUCGAGUAUGAGAGUCCUACGUAUGUCUCGUCGGGCGGCUAUCGUGUCUCUGCUCCGAACGUGAACACGUUCUAUCCCUUGCCGUGCCGCCGCUCGAGGCCCUGGCCACCUGUCGGGACUAUCAGGGGCAACGAGGAAUGGCUGACGAGCACCUUGAUGCCCAACGUCAGAGCGCCUGAGAUGGUGUCCCCACAGCAGUUGAAGCGGUCCUAUUCCGCUGUUUUGAUGCAUGCAAAGAGGACUGCUGGGGAAACUGAACCACAUGCCGCUGCUGUCCAUGGAGAGCAACCCACUCGUCCCGCGUUGCAGAUCCCCGUCACGCAGAGCGUUUGCGCUCCAGCAGAAGACGCGCUGAGUGAUCGGGUCCUUCAUGUCCAUCGGCCAGUUGGGGAAGACGGUGCUUUGGCCUUCUCCCAUGCAGAGAGCCUCGAUGUUGGCUCUCGACCUCUCACGCCUUUCGGUAUCUCGACGGCCGCGAAAGGGCCUGCCACCAUGACAAGCAAGAAACCGCACACCGUCUGCAGUGCUGUUAAGACCGCCCCAGCUGCUGCUGGACCCAAGCCCCUGUACCGUCGCCCAGCAGCCGGGCCCUCUUCGCCCACCGGUAGAUUCUCCACAAGCGGCAGCCUCCUCCGGCUGGCGGAGAGCGGUGUGGACAUGUCUCGGAGAGCAUCUGACUCACAGCCGACGGUCUUGGACAAGCUGCAGCCGAUCGCACACACGAUUGUGGAGAGGCAUAUACCGCAGCCAAGAGUGGAAGCGGCCAUGAGUAGUGAUUUGCCGACGUGGUCCGUGCAUACAAGGCGAGCCACGCUGCAGGUGGUUAGCCGCCAGUAUCCUCACGGUGCGCGCAAACAAACACCAAAAGAGACGUUCAUUGAUCAUGGGAUCAUACUUCCUUGUGUCUCUGACCUGUCUGGCCGCAUCCGCAGGUGUGAAUGUAUUGCCGACCUCGUUUUUCUAUUCGAAUUUCCGGCGGGCAAACAAGCGAGGAGACAAGCGACUGACCAGCUGACCUGCAUUGUACUUUUGUGUCUGUACAGACGUGUGCGUACAUGUGUGUAUGCAUCCAUGUACGCGUGCAGACUGUUGCAUUCACCGACUGAGAUUCACCGUCAGACUUCAUCAUCAUGUUUUCGGCCGUCUUUGUCGCAGUUGUGUUGCUCCUGAAUUUCGG